AUGCCUACAAAAUCAAGAAGUGUGGAUCCUUCAGUGGAUGCGAGCAUGGAGGAUGCCCCUCCAUCUCACCAGCCGGCUGUAGACGAGGCUGAGGAGGCUGAACAGGCCGAUGAGGCCGCGGAAGGAGAAUAUGCAGAUGACUAUGCAGAGGAGGAGGAGGAGGUCCAGCGGGUCAAACUUCUACCUGGUUCAACCCCGACGGCAGCCUCGUUCGAGUUCCUUGAUGAAGGUCACACUUUGGGCAAUGCGCUGCGCUAUAUCAUCAUGAAAAACCCGGAUGUGGAAUUCUGUGCCUACGCGAUCCCCCAUCCCUCAGAGCCAAAGAUGAACAUUAGGAUCCAGACCUACGAAGGCACAACUGCUAUCGAGGCUCUCGAGAAGGGCCUGAAAGAUGUGCAGGAGCUAUGUGACGUGGUGGCAACGAAGUUCUGGGCAGCGCGAGAAGAUUUCACAAAUACGAUGUCAUGA